AUUCAUUGUCGAGGUCCCCUACCCCCUCCUGUGUUAGAGCACCGUCGAAGGUUUAUCUUAAUCUUAGCCAGACUCCCCCGCGCUCCGUCCACACCUGCUACACGUCUCCGACCGCCGCAAGCAAACCCGCUUUCACUAUAACUAACUACACAACGCACCACUCCCUCACUCCCUCCUCCCCUUUGCUUCCCCAGCACACAAACUUGCUAAGCGCACCACACACACCAUACCAUACCCGUACCAACUUGACUAGUCCACCAUGAUAACAACCUCCGUAACCCUGGACACAAUAACCUCCACCAUACUCCUUCCCAAAAGUCCCCCACUCACCGCCCUGGUAAAUUUCCUGCAGACCCCCGAGAACCUGAUCGCCCUGAACCCGUUCGUCGAGUCCUUCCACCGACUGCCACCGCCACCGCGCACGGGGGGCGAAGACGAUGAUAGCAAUAUAUACACCAUAACCGAUCGCAUCCCCAUACCCUUCGCAUGUGGGCUGACCAAGACGUCCACAUUCACUACGGAAUUCUCGGAGCCGGAGGGAGUCAUGGGCUUGCUGAGCACCUCUAGGGCCGAGUUGGGAGUUGUUACCGGAAGCUUAUUUUGGGUCGAGGACUCCGUUGGCGGGGUUACCGUUAAGGAGCGGUUUAAGGUUUAUAAAUCUCCGUUCGGCAUGAGGUGGUUUAUCAUGAUGGUUGCUAGGAGGGCCAGAAUUACGAUGAUGGAGAGGUUGGAGGAGGUGUUGGUGAGGUUGUGCGAUGAGCAGGGGGUUAGUGUUGGGUGAUGCCGUGUGAUAAGAUCAAGAGAGGGGUUAUGGCGGGGUUGGAGAACUAAUACCAUUAUACCUUGUACAAUCUUCUUUCUUCCCCCUUCCACUUUGGAGAUCGUGGUAAUUGAUUACUAAACUUUAAUUUUGAAUAAAUGAACAAUCUUAAGU